AUGGCGGCAUCAAGCGCCUCCGAGCUGGUGGCAGUUGUGAAUGUUGCCGUGCGCCUACGAUCGCUGCUCGCUCGAGCGCAAACAGUCAAGCCAGAAACCACCGUCGAGCCGGCACUGCCCGUAGCGGAUUUCAUCGAGGAUGUUACAGCACUCCAUGAUGACUUUGCCGACCAUUACGAUCAACCCUACAAGGUCAAGACUGUGGAGGCGGCAGUCCGGGAGAUGUUUUACUCUUUGAUCGCAUCUACCGAAAUCAAUGACCCAUCCUUCGUCCAGGUCUGGAAUCUUCUCGACAUAGUGCUGAUAUGCGGCGACUACGGGAAGUGCGAUGCUGGUCUCGUGUGCCUACUACUAGAGGAGCUCCUCGACAGUCAGACUACAGAUGGGUGCCGGACUGUAUUUGACUACUUGGACUCACGGCGGGACCGGCUGGCGCAGAAAGACUUUGACAAGAAGAAUCUGAUAUUCCUACGGGCUUGCAACGAACUGCUACGACGGCUCAGYCGUGCCGAGGAUGCUAUAUUCUGUGGUCGUGUCUUCUUUUUUCUCUUCCGAACCUUUCCACUCGGCGACAAGAGCUCCGUCAACCUUCGAGGAGAGUUCCACGUCGAGAACACGACCAAGUUCGAUGUUCCCGACGUGGCGACGGGCGAAAAUGACAUGGAAGUUGAUUCAACUUCGACGGCUCCCGCGAUCGAAGCCAGCACCGCGAAGCCAGCAGCACCCCCAAAGCCAGGGAGCAGGGCUGUGCCUAUCAAAGCCCCGCAAAAGAAAGUUGUUGAAGAAGAAAUCUUGUCCACCAGCGACCUGUAUCCGAUUUUUUGGAGGCUACAACAUGACUUUUCGGACCCUACUCGACUUUUCAACACCGAGAACUUCGCUGCGCUCAAAAAGGGACUGGCCUGUACCAUUGCCAAGUUCAAAAAGACCCCAACAGUAGUUCAAACAAAAGCUGGAGAGGAAGGCAAGAGGGGCACCAAACGUAAAAUGGGCGAGAACGGCGACACCGCUAGCAACGAGCACCUGUUGGACAACUACAAUCCCAAAUACCUCACAAGCAGAGACUUGUUCGAUCUAGAGCUCAGCGAUCUAGCGUUCCAGCGGCACAUAUUGGUUCAGGCCCUGAUCAUGAUCGAUUUCCUCCUGUCGCUGACCGACAAGGCGAAGAAGAGACUAGCGGCAUUGGCCACUCCAAAUAAGUCGAUGUUGCAUGCCUUUACUUUGUCCGAAGACGAUGUGAAGUGGGCGACGACGACUCGCUCGGAUAUAACCUCCUAUCUCUCGAUAAACCAGGAAGGCAGAGGUUACUGCCGAAUGGUUGAAACUGUGCUCGCCCGGGACAAGAACUGGGUGCGUUGGAAAGUGGAGAGUUGUCCAUCGAUUGUCCGCGGCCCAGUCUCAACAGAGCAAGAGAUGGCGGCGAGAAAGGGGGCCCGUGAUGCGACUCGACCCCGGCGAUUCGGACCCCGUGCUGACAACUCCAUGGAUCUCAGCUUCUUGGACGAAGGCAGCGGUGGACUCGAAGCGUUGAAGGACAGUUCCAGGUACACAGCGCCGUCAAUCGAACAGUUGUUAGAACGUGUGAAGACGGACAGACUCGACCUGGAGUUUGCAGCUGACGAGGACGAGACACGGUCCUACGAGGCCGCUAUGCAGAAUGCCAAAUGGCGAGCAUUGCGGCAAAUGCGGGCAUCCGAUCUGAAUCUCCUGGACAAGAUCGAGAGCACCAAAGGGCUGGAUGAAAUGCCCAUCACAGCCGAAAGCCUCUCAUCCGAAACCGAAGCUGAUGCGGGGAUCAAUGGAACGGAGGCUGGAAAUGAAGCGACUUCUACUUUGGAAGGAUCAACGGCACUUGAGCUGGACCCGCCGUCGGUGCCGGGGGAGAUCACUGGUAUGCAGGACUGA